AUGCUUCUCAAAUCACUAGUAGUUCUUUCUGUAUUGGCAGUUGCUGCCCAAUCGGUUCCAGCAUCUGUUAAAGUUCUUCCAUUCGUUGACUCUUCUCUUCCAGUCAAAUUCAGACAAGUUAUUGCCGAGGCUGCUCCAAGAGUUCCAGCCAAUUUGGCAUCCUACGCUUUCGCUGUUGAUUUGUCUGUGCCAGCCUCCCAAAGCACUCUCCAAUGCAUUAAACAAGCCGGAUAUGCCGCUGCCUUCAUUCGUGCUUAUAACCCAGCUGGACAAGGAUCCUUCGACACCAACGCUUGCAGCACUAUUCAAAAUGCUUAUUACGCUGGACUCGGAACUGAAAUCUACAUGACUCCACAACCAGCAUCCAGCAAGCAAGGAUACCAACAAUUGGAUGAAGUUUAUCAAGGAUUGACUCAAGCUGGAAUCACCAUCAGAUCCGUUUGGAUUCAAGUCACUUCUCCAACCAACUGGCCAGCCAGUGCCACUAACAAUGUUAACUUCAUCAAUAGUAUCAUCUCAAGAGCAAGACAAUACGGAAUGACCGUUGGAAUCUACACUUCUUAUUAUGACUGGAACCAGAUCACCAAUGGAUGGACCAGCAUUGGAAACGAUGUUCUCUUGUGGUACUGGAAUGUUUUGGGAGGAGGUGUCAACGGAGAGACUCCAGCCAAUUUCGCUGAUUUCCGUGCUUUCGGAUGCUGGACUGCUCCAUCUGUCAAACAAUUCGCUCAAGUUGAGCAAGUCUGCCAAAUCACUGUCAACAGAGAUGUCUACGCUGCCGGAUCCAUGCUUAAGGCCGCUGACGCUGUUCAAGAAGACGGAAAGAUUUACGCUGGAGGAUUCAUC